GGAAAAAAAAAAAAAAACAAAAACAAAAAACCUUGAAAAAUAUUUUAUUAUUACUUUUAGUACAGUUAAUAUCCUUGUGCAUAUAUACCAUCCGAAGCCAUAUUAAAAUCGCAAAGGCGCAAAGACAGAUAUAACUUGAAAACAAGCAUGUCAAAAGAGAGCUUUAAGGGGUUAUAUGCUCGUACCAAGCCUUUUAUGUUCAUGAUCUUCUUGCAAACCUCGUAUGCUGUUGGUAGCUUAGUUACUAAGUCUGCCCUGAACAAGGGCUUGAAUCAUUACACUUUUGCUGUUUACCGAAACGCUAUUGCAACUCUCUUCUUCGGUCCUUUGGCUUUCUUCACCGAAAGGAAAGCAAGGCCAAAAAUGACGGUUUCCAUCUUCCUGAAAAUCAUAUUGCUGGGAUUACUAGAGCCAGUGAUAGACCAGAACUUGUUCUAUGCUGGAAUGAAAUCUACAACGGCAACUUUCGCGUCUGCUAUGUGCAACAUCCUUCCUGCCAUUACCUUUGUCAUGGCUUGGAUGUUUAGACUUGAGAAGGUGAAGAUGAAAAGUUUACAUAGCCAGGUGAAGAUCAUAGGGACAUUAGUGACGAUUGGUGGAGCCAUGAUAAUGACUCUAAUAAGAGGCCCUAAAAUUCAAUUUCCAUGGACAAAUAAUCAUACUCUUCAUCAUGAAUCUCCGGUUAACACCAUGAAUACACAAGAUCAAAUCAAGGGAUCUCUCAUGAUCACUGCUGGUUGCAUUUCUUGGGCGAGUUUCGUCAUCCUUCAAGCGGUGACAUUGAAGUCGUACCCAGCUAAUCUAUCUCUCACAUGA